AUGGCUCUCAAUGCCGCCGGCAGUAGUUCACGACUGCCUUGGAACCGUUUCGUCGAGGUACAGCGUACCGCAGCCGCUGUUCGCAGCCACCGGCAGCAGCAGCUGCAUCGUCCUGAGUCGACUGCAGGCGGAGGUGAUGGAAUGGAGACACCACCUACCGGCAUGACUUCAGACCUGAGGUGGGUAAAGGAGACCCUGGCCGAACUUGAGACGGGUUCACCUUGUCAGCCUCGCAGACGCUCUGACCCGGAGACCUCGGAUGUGCUCUCAGCCGGGGAGAUCAAGUCAGAUUUCGUGGAAAGUCCAAACAGGGUCCUGCACUCCAACAUGCGCGAGCCACCGUUUUCACAGGCCAAAGGUGAUAUCAAGGAACUAGCCUCCGAAUCUCGCUCCCCGGGUAAGCUGGUAACGCUCGCCAGCAACAACCAGCAGGUAACUUACGAUGAAGACUUUGAGCCACAGGAAAACUGCAACUGUGCCACUGACACCUCCUCCGGCGAGGGCACAAAACGUAGUCUCCUCCUGGCUGUGCGGGAGUUCUCUGAUGACGAAAACGACGAGGAUGAAGGCGACCUAUAUGGUGAAACCGAUGAUGAGGGAAGGCAGAUGUCUGAGGAUGUAGUGAGCAGUCCAACCAAGGAGGAGGAGGAGGAGUACAAAGUUCCUUGUGCGCUCGGCGUUGGUGGUGGCGUGAGUCCUACUGCCACUAGUGCCACGACUACGCAGUGGGCCAGUGUCUCCCGUGAGGCCCUCCCCGGUCAGGGCAGCCCGGACGCCGACCAGCAGCAGCAGGCU